UUGGGAAUAUCUAGGCCGCCGUGCCUGGUUUGCCCGUUAACAUUCAGCGGCGUCGCGUCUCUAAAACGAGUCCUGAAAAUGUCUGCUAUGAAUAGAAAGGUGAUCCAGGCCCUCGCCGAAGCUAUCUCCAAAAAGGUGGAGCACUUCGACAAAAAAGAGACGGAGUGCCUCAUCUGGGAGUACAACGAGCUGGUGGGGGAGCAGCCCAGCCCCGGGAGGGCAUCAGCCGGCCUGGACAGAGGCCGGUUCAGGGGCAUCCUGCACAACCUGUUCGGGAUGACGGACGACAUGAUCAUGGACGGAGUCUUCAGGACGUUCGACAAAGACAACGACGGCUUCAUCUCCGUGGAGGAGUGGAUCGAGGGACUCCAAUGCCUGUCCCUGUUUUCUGCCGACUCAGACUGCUUCAACGUGUACGACCUGAACGGCGACAAGUACAUCGCCAGAGAGGAGAUGUUCCACAUGCUGAAGAACUGCCUCAUCCGGCAGCCCACGGAGGAGGACCCCGACGAGGGAGUCAAAGACCUGGUCGACAUCACGUUCAAGAAGAUGGACUGCGAUCAUGACGGCAGAAUGUCUUUUGAAGACUUUGAAACGGCUGUAAAGGAGGAGAAUUUAUUGCUUGAAGCCUUUGGGACGUGCCUCCCAGACUCCACGAGCAUUGAUAUGUUUGAGAAGCGGGUGUUUGAGGAAAAAGUGGAACAAUGAAGAAACCACAGAAUUCCUUGACUCGGACAUUUUGAUAAAAACGGUUAGAUUUGUUUAUAAUAUGAUGCAAAGGCUACAAAAAUAUAAACAUACUGCAAAAAACACAGUUCUUUGAAAGUCAUUAUCUGUUGUAGUAGGUGAUGUCUUGACAGGAGACUUGGAUUAUAUCCGCCGGCGGGGUUUAAUCUUUUUCUCUACAGGUUUGUGGUCUGAGGCCGAUUCCACCUGCUUCAUUGUGUUCCGGAUGAGGUUUACAGUUGUGUUCAGUGAUUCGUCCUCCAUGUUCAGCUUAGGCGACUCUGGCAGUUUUGGUCCGAUUAAGGGUCCAGUUUCUUCAGAAAUAGUCGACGAAUCUUGUGGAACCUCGUCCACUUUCCGUUUCCUGUUCUGCAAGUGUGCGGUUCUCGGUACAAAUCGGACCACAGAAGUCUGACUGGACGCCAGUUGGCUGUCUGUGCUUUGACCUCUGCUGGCCGUUUGGUCAGAGCUUAAACUCUCCAGCUGCUGUUGAUGUGUGUGAGGCGUGGCGUUAUGUAAAGUUCCCAUUUUGUCUUCCGUUGGCUGGUACUGAGGCCCGUAGAGACCAUGUUCUCGUGGAGGCGGUGGCAGCAGAGGGAAGCUUGAGUGGUGGGGAACACCUGAAGUCCCACCUGUACCGUCCCUGUAGGAGCUUUGAGGCUGUCCGGUGCGGGUCCGGUCCGGUGUGACCGUCUCCGACGGUGUGGGCCUCUCACAAAUCCUUUCUUUGUCUCUACUUUUCCUGGCUCUGUUCCGGGCUACUCUGGCCACGUAGCUCCUCCGGUCCUGCAGCUUUAGUCGCGUGUCCUCCACCGUCUCGUACUCCGGGACAUAGCACACGUGCAGGACCCCCCCGUAGAAGCUCUUCUCAUCCAGGUUCCGCUUCGCUGCUCUGGCACUGGUUAGUUUCUGAAACUUGACCAGGUAGACCUCGGUGAACUCCUCGGCGGGGUACUCGUCCAGAGGCCGGUACUCCUCCACGGCCCCGUACAGCGCGCACCGCUGGACCAGCUCCUCCAUGACGCCGAUGGCCGGGACGCCCUGGACCAUCAGGUAACGGGACUCCAAAUUGAUGGUGUACACACAUUGUUUUCUUUUGGAAGAACCAAGCCUUGGAGCUGUCUUGGGACGAUGGACCUCCCGUGUUCCUCAGCUGGACUCCAAAAAGAACCUCCUCCAGUCUGGACGACUACAACGUGGAGUUGUGUCGGCAACUCGGAGAGAAGCUUGGCCUAAAAGAAGGAGAGCAGGGCUUUCUGAGAGCCUGCAACCAAGUUUCUUCAUUGAAUCAAGUGACGGUGGAACCCCUCUCUUCUGAUGACUGGGAGAUCUUGGAGCUUCACAGUUCUGAACUGGAGCAGCAACUACUGGAUCAGAUCAGAGUUGUUUUCCAAGGAGCUGUACUUCCUGUUUGGGUGGACAAUCACACAGUCAUCUACAUCAGAGUAGCUUCGCUCUCCCCACUUGUGCCGUAUGGCCGCCUGGAGCAGUUCACAGAGCUCCUCGUGUCUCCGAAGCUCCGCGCUGGAGUUGGCAACCUCCCCGAUUCUUCUGACUUAAAUCAAGUUGUGAAUUACUCCUCCCCCUCAGCGCCAUCGUCAGAGACCACUUCCUCUUUCCCUCACAGCCAGCAAUGGGGUGGCAUUGCUGACUUAAAAAGCCUUCUCCGCCAUAUGAUAACGGGCUCUUAUGACCCGGUUAAAGAGCCACCGCCUGUACCCGACAUCCCAUCCCUCUUCCCUGACUCCACCUACAGAGUCUGCAACUCACCGCCCGACUCUCCGGGCAGCAUAAGCUACAUCCCCUCUGGUGUGAUCCACAUGUUUCCAUGGAGCCCUGCCCUGAACACCUCGCUAGUCGGGGGUCCGUCUCCAGUGACAUACGGCCUUCUCACUAAAGUUCCAUCCCCCAAAGAGAUGAGAGACCGAAAAAAGCAGAGCGUGGAGAAAAAGAAGAACGGAGGAGUUGGCAAAGAUGGUUCCCCGGCUAAUGAAGGGAAAGAUGAGGAAGGGAAGUUGGUCAGGGUAGUGUGCCAUAGCGUUGAAAUGCUGACAGACAGCAGGAUGUGUCACAGAAACAAAGAGAUCCACAGGGGAAGAGUAUGGAUCCCCGAGGCCAGUAAGUUAAAUAUUCAGCCACAUUCAGCAGUGAGGAUUAAACCUGUGAAAACAGCCGUCAAAGUGGCCUCUAAUAUUCGCUUACAGCCUCUGAAACCUCUGCCUGAGGAGAGUGAUGAGGAGAUCCAGGCCGCCUUCCUGGGCUGGCUCCACACGCAGAGCCAUCAGCCGCUGGCCUGCCUGAGCGAGCGCUCCGGCUCCGUCCUCCUGCACGGAAACGAGGCAAAGUUGGAGUUUGCUGUGACGGUGUUGAAACCGGAGCUGCAGAAUGACCCGGUGGACCAGCUCUUCCUCCUGACCCCCACCGUCCUCAAGAAGAGAGACAUACAGGUGGACAGACAACCGCUAGAAAUGCCUGAUGGGAACGCUGUGGCCGGAGAGCCCCAAACAGAGCUUCCCUCCCUCAGUCUUCUUGGAGGGGUUGAUGAGCUGAGCAGGACUGGAUUUGAGUUUAUCUCUCACAGCAUUCUGGGUAGUCCCCUCUCCAGAGAGCUCGGUAUCACUGGAAGAGGACUCCUAGGAGGAGCACUGCUCAUAACUGGUGCCAAGGGGAGUGGGAAGAGCACUUUGUCCCGAGCCCUGUGCAGGAAAGCCAGAGAGGAUUUGGACGCCCAUGUGGAGGCAGUGGACUGCAAAAUGCUACAAGGCAAAAAGUCAGAAACCGUGCGGCACAUUCUGCGGGAUGUUUUCGAGCAGGCGGAGUGGAAACAGCCCUCCGUGGUUCUGCUGGACGACCUGGACCAUGUGACCCGGGCCCCUUCCUCCCCGGAGCAGGAGCACGGCCCCGAGGCGCUGCUGCGCCUGCACAUCGCUCAGAGUGUGAAGGACGUGGUGGACGAGGUGGUGCUGGACUCCAGCCUGGUGUGCCUGGUCAUCACCAGCCAGAGCGAGGACUCGCUCCACCCGGCUCUGACCGAGGUGUCCGGGUCCCACUUCAUCCAGGGGACGGUCAACAUCCAGCCCCCAGACCAGGCCCAGAGGGCAGACAUCUUGCGACAUUUGAUCCAGAGGAAGUCUCUCCUGUCCGAGGACACCUUACACAGUCUUGACCUCAUGGCCGUUGCCAAGGAGACGGAGGGAUUUAUGGCCCAGGACCUCGCUUUGCUGUUAGAGCGUGCCACUCACGCCCACACAGUGCAAAUGGGACUCUGUGACCAAGGUGCAUGUCUGUCGAACAGAGACUUUGCUCAGGCUCUAAAGGGAUUCACGCCCCCCUCGCUGUGGGGGGCAGACCUUCACAGACCAGGGGGGGCUGGACUGGAGCGGGUGGGGGGGCUGAGCGAUGUGCGGCAGCAGCUGAUGGACACGAUUCUGCUGCCCGCUAAGUAUCCCAUCCUCUUCUCCAAACUUCCCAUUCGGCAUCGCUCGGGAAUUCUGCUCUACGGAGCGCCCGGAACGGGGAAGACACUGCUGGCCAGGGCGGUGGCCAAAGACAGCGGGAUGAACUUCAUCAGCAUUAAGGGACCUGAACUUCUCAGUAAAUACAUUGGAGCGAGCGAGCAGGGAGUCCGGGACGUUUUCCAGAGGGCCCAAGCUGCCAAACCGUGCAUCCUGUUCUUCGAUGAGUUUGACUCUUUGGCUCCGAGGAGGGGCCACGACAGCACAGGCGUCACCGACCGCGUGGUCAACCAGCUGCUCACCCAGCUGGACGGCGUGGAGGGACUCCAGGGUGUUUAUGUGCUUGCAGCCACCAGCCGUCCAGAUUUAAUUGACCCAGCCCUGCUGAGACCUGGACGCCUGGACAAGUCCCUCUACUGCCCUCCUCCUGACCACGAGGCUCGUGUGGAGAUCCUGAGGGCCCUGAGCGAGGGCAUGCCGCUGGCGCCGGACGUGGACCUGGAGCAGCUGGCGGCGCUGACGGAGACGUUCACCGGCGCCGACCUGAAGGGCCUUCUGUACAGCGCCCUGCUGGAGGCCGUCCACAGCCGGCUGGGAACGGCCUCACCGCACGAGCUGAACUCGGGCUCAGACAGCAACAUGAGCCUGUCCUCCAUGAUUUUCCCGAACAACAGCAGCGGUUCAGAGGACUCAGCGGCAGAGGGAGACCAGCGCACGGGCCUGAACCAGUCCAUGGUUCUUCUGGAGCCCAGUGAGCUUCACGUGGAGGACGAGGAGUCCCACGGCAACAUCUGGAGGCUGUACUUCGGAAGUUCUUAUGAGUCGGAGUCAGGAAACUCACCAAUUUCAAGACCGCAGAACUUGCCAUGCAUCUCAGGACCCAACUCCAAGACACACAGAUAUCUGGGAGCAUCAGACCAUGAGCCGGUUACCACUCUUCCUCCUGCUUACAUGUCCUCUAUCCAGAUAGGAUACGAAGAACUUGCCCCAGAGAAGCUGGAGCGCCUCCAAGAAGACAUCAGUAAUAUCAAAAAGAGCUACAAGAGAGCAAAUGAAGACUUUGUCUGGUCACAUGCUGCCUCCAGCCAACCCGGCCUGCAGCUUUCCUGGGCUCAUAUAAACUCCGCCAUAGCUGUAACCAGGCCCUCCCUCAGCCAGGCUGACUGGAGCAGAUACAAAAAACUAUAUGAAGACUUUGGCGGCUCAGGAGAAAAGAAAUUGGUCC